AUGCCACCGAAAAGGAAGGCCAAUCCCAGUUCUCCCACUCAGUCCAAAAAACCAAAAUUAUCAACUCAUACAAGGGAGGAAACUAAAGAUUUUUAUAAAUCAACUAUAAAUCUAGUACUAAAUUUGAGUGAAGAUGAUUAUAAAUUAGCUACGGAAUUUAUUAAAGUACCACUGAAAAAAAUUUAUCCUGAUUAUUAUGAAAUUAUAAAAAAUCCAAUUGCGAUAAGUGAUAUACAGAAAAAAAUUAAUACAAAGUAUACUGGAGAAUCAACACAAGAAUUUUUAGAUGAUUUUAAAUUACUAUUGACAAAUGCUGCCACAUAUAAUGACUCGGAAUCUUGGAUUGUUCAAACUGCAAACAAAAUUGUUGAAUUUGUCGAAGAUCAAGUUUCUGAAUUUGAUCGAAUUGUGGGACCGGCAUCAAGUGAACCAAAACAUCCCAAGAUUAAAUUAAAAUUGAAGCAGCCGUCCUCAUUAUCGAAGUCAAAUGACGCAGCUGCUUCAGCUUCUAAGCCUACAAAUAAAUCUGAAACUGAUGAACAACUGGAAAUAUCAUAUGGAAAAUUACCUGAAUUGUGUAUUGAUGUCAUAACAGAUGUAAGAGACCACGAAUUUGAAGAUAUAGGAGUCAUUAGUGGACCAUUUUUAGACGAGGUAGAUCAAGAGGUAUACACAGAUUAUUCCAAUUUCGUAUCCAAACCUAUGGCAUUCAACACCAUAAUUAAUUUGUUGCAGCAUAAAAAAUUAUUCACGCCGAAAGUUUCCUUAGUUGAAAACUUGCAAAAAUUUCAUGACACAGCUGCAUUAAUAUUUUCCAAUGCAAAGGCUUACAAUAACGAAGCUUCACAAAUUUAUCAAGAUGCAGAAACUCUCGAGUCCUAUUUUGAAGAACAAUAUGGUAAAUUGAAAUCAAAAGCAGUGGCAGCAGAUGCUUUGAAACCGAAAACUCCAAAAUUAAAAAUAAAUUUGAAUAGAGGACAACCGGAAAAGAAAAAACGAAAACCUUUAAGAGAUGAAACAAAUGACAAGGAAAACGAAUCGCUUAUUGAGGAAGCAGCCGAGCAAGUUGAGGAAGAAAAGCUUGUCAAGGAUGAAAUACUACCUAAGAUCGAAACAACACAACAAUCACCACCAAAGAAAAACCCACCUCCCGAAAUUCAAUUAGAGAAAACUACUGAAAAUACAUUAGGUAAGUCCUUACCAACGUUACUACCAAGUAAUUCUAUAAUUCAAGAGUCAUCAAUUUUUACAUCUCCAGCCAUUAUCCCUCACAUAACUAAAUUUAUUGAAGAAAAAGCAUCUAACUAUUUCCUUUCCCGUGAUGCUCAAAUAAUUGAAUCUAUGUUUCCGACUCAUCCAAUUCAUCCAACUGCUACGUUGGUUUCAUACAAAAUUCCAGCUAAUGGAUAUGUGGAUCAAUCAUAUACGAUAUCAUUCCAACCGGAAGUACUGCCAUUUGUGUCAUUCAAAGCUUCUUUGCAUCAUUUACUAUAUAAAGCUAAAGAAUCAGACUUGGUCGAUGGUCAUGGCUACUUGAAUCUGACCUCUGAUGAUGAGUUUCAAUGUAAGUUAACAAUUAACAAUGAAGAUAUGGGUCAACCAAAUGAUUGUUUUGAAGAGCAAAAAGAAAAAGAAAGUGUUCUUGCUGUUCAAUACGAUGUCAAAUUGGCACAUGGAUUAAAUGUGUUAACUUUUGAAUGUAAAGUUGCUCCAUCCUUAAGUAAAAAAAUCAAGAACACCGUUAUUCAGCAUGAUCAGGUUGAAGAAUUGAGUGGAAGUAGGCACACAAGACAUCAACUACAGCAAAUCAAAAUGACUUGGGAUGUGGAAACUAUUACUUUGUAUAUUGUAUGUACUAAUCAAAAUUAA